CUACGAUGGCUGCUGAGCAGACACAGAAUAGAGUGGAAUAUAAGGACAACAGUAACCUUUUCCAAACAAAUGCUUUCCGACUUAUUUAUAAAAUGUUGGAAAUGGCUUCACGCACUCAAGAAGACACUUCAGAACUAGUGGAUGAGAUUCUUCACAGCAUCUUCUUUUUGGGGGAAAUUACCCAACCAGAGUUUUCUCCCAGAGAACUUUUUCUUGAUAAUGAUAUCAUGUUUGAUUACUUAAGGGAAGCCUAUCCGGAGCCUUUCAGACUUUAUUCCUCUCGUCUACCAAGACGGAGUCCAUUUUCAUGUGUGCUGGACAUGGUUGUUCAUCUGAAAGGUCAAGAACAUGAGGAUGAUAUUAGAGAAACCCUGAAGGAACUCAUCACAGAGUUGAAGAGAGGCAAUAACCAAAAUAUGUUGAUUUCCACCACAAUCUGCAUCUCUGCUGGCAACAGCAGAGAUUCAGUGAAGCACUAUGGAGUCUCCAUGUCCACCACUGGUCGUCCUGCAGGCCGAAUCCUGGUUGCUGCAUCCUGCCUUAACUUCUGGGAGAAACAUGUAGCUGAUGCAGUGAUGAGCUACUAUCCUAUAAAAAGUAGGAAGGCAUACUUUGAUGUAACCAUCAAACUUCCUGCAGAUGUCAGAUGUGAAGCCUUUAAUCUUGGAAGCAGAAAAGCAAUAAAUCCCUGCCUUUCUUGUAAAAAUAUGUUUGGCUUGGAUACGACUGAUGAACAGGAGUGGCCUUAUGGCAACUGUGCAGAAGUUGAAAGUUUAAGUAACUUGCUCAGAGAGGAAGAAGUUAGAGAACGAGUACAAAGAUUUGGAAACUGGACAGUAGAAAACAAGGAAAAGGUUAAACGUGCUGUUAUCAAUCAUCUUAGAAAUGAACUGAAGAAGCUUAGCUUUGCAUGGGACAACCAGUUCUACACUGCACAAAAAGCAUUAGCUGAUAAUGAUGGUGAGGAAGAUCUUGUAGAAUAGACUUUUACUAGAUGAAAAGCAGAUAUUCACAAUGACUCAACUGUAAAGUCGCAAACAUCUGAGAGAUGUCAACAGUUGGGAAUGGGAAAAUCAUUUUUAAUCUGCAGACAUUUUGGUAUUGUUGGACUGUUUAUAUUUGGAGUUAUUCAACA